ACAGUGGCGGUCUAACCUUUGCUUUGCGGAGCGGUCGGGUGUAUUCUCCGCACGCCCCCACGCCCUCGAGGCCCCCGCCGCCCGACCCAACGGUGGAGCCGACCAGCGCCUCCCGCGGCACCCUCCCGCACCGGAUCGCUCCUCGCUGGGGCGGGACGUGGCCCGACGGCGCCGGUCACUAUGAGUGAAACAUCUUUCAACCUAAUAUCAGAAAAAUGUGACAUUCUAUCAAUUCUUCGGGAUCAUCCUGAAAACAGGAUCUAUCAGAGGAAAAUUCAGGAACUCAGCAAAAGAUUCACCGCGAUCCGCAAGACCAAAGGGGAUGGGAACUGCUUCUACAGGGCCUUGGGCUAUGCCUACCUGGAGUCUCUGCUAGGCAAGAGCAGAGAGAUCCUCAAGUUCAAAGAGCGUGUCCUGCAGACCCCGAGUGACCUUCUGGCUGCUGGCUUUGAGGAGCACAAGUUCCGAAACUUCUUCAAUGCUUUUUACAGCGUGGUGGAGCUGGUGGAGAAGGACGGCUCUGUGUCCAGCCUGCUUAAAGUGUUCAACGACCAGAACUCCUCGGACCACAUCGUGCAGUUCUUGCGCCUGCUCACGUCAGCCUUCAUCAAGAACCGAGCAGACUUCUUCCGGCACUUCAUUGAUGAGGAAAUGGACAUCAAAGACUUCUGCACUCAUGAAGUGGAGCCCAUGGCCAUGGAGUGUGACCACAUCCAGAUCACAGCCCUGUCCCAGGCACUGAACAUCGCCCUGCAGGUGGAAUAUGUGGAUGAGAUGGACACCGCCCUGAACCACCACGUGUUCCCCGAGGCUGCCAUUCCUUCCGUUUACCUGCUCUAUAAAACAUCCCACUACAACAUCCUCUAUGCAGCUGAUAAACAUUGAUUAAUUCUGGGCCAUGCAGUGGAACCUGUCACCUAACGGGACUGCAUUCUAAAUGGAACAUGCCGGCUUUUCAGUUUUUUAAGCGAUUUGGACUAUAACUAGAACACGUACAGCCUUUUGGGCAAAGCCACUGGGAAUGAGGCCUGCCCACUAUGGAUGCUGGUGACUUGGUGUAUUUUUUGUAUUUAUUUUAUGAAGGACCAAAUACCUUCUAACUCUGGGCCAGAAAGCGAGGACCCCUGGCUCUGUACCCCAGCCAGUUCCCUGUGAGACCCUGUGGGGGUCACCUACUCUCUUUGGACCUGUUUAUUCACCUGGAGGAGGUUUCUGCCAGUGUUGACAUUCUGUUGUGUAAAAAUGAGGGACUCGGGUUUCUCCUUGCCAGGGGAGGCAAAACUCAAGUCAGCUAUGACUUGGUGAUUGACCUGACGCUGCCAAGGUCCAGUCCAGUCUUGUCAGGCUGGGCUGACCGAACGCGAGGGCUUCCAUGCGGUUCCAUUCAUGAUGAUCUGUUUCCCACCCUUCACUUAAAAAGACUUUUAUACCAAAGUCCAGCAAAGGGCCUUUAGCCUUCAGAAUGAAACUCAGGUUGUUGGGGUCCCUCUGCCUCUCAGGGCCAGAACAGCCCAAGAGGCUUUUAGACUUGAUGAAGUCUAUAGUCUACACCAAAAUCUGCGUGUCCAUGGUUGGGACCAGGAAGCUGCAGCUUUCUGCCAGCCUGAGCUAGGCCUAGUUGUAAUCUAGGUUCUUCACAGGGAGGGGAGCUUGCAGCUGUGGACUCCAGAUGAGCAGUCAUUUUGCAAGGCCAUCUUUGGCUUCUUCCUCCCACCUUGUUCUCUUUAUGGCCUGAUAAAGGGGUUAGUGGGAAAGAACAGAAGACAAGCCAUGGAAAGUGGCAGUAGGGAGAUUUCCAUUGGUGAAGAUGGCCUGACAGCCCUGGCCAGCAGCUUCUUUAUUCAUCCAUCUGGACAUGCCUCCGCUUAAGAAGCUCCUCACCUUGCUGCCUAAGGACCCCUAGAAGUCGCCCCAGGGUGGCAGGCAAGAAUUCAGCAGUGGAUUUUACAACACUGGCUGGGUUGAGGUGCUGCUAACCACCUGUUUGCUGCAGAAGCACAGGGAGACAGAGGGUAUGCAGUUGCCCUCUGGGGUCUGCAUUUAAUGGAAGGCCACCUUCUUACAAGUUUCAUUGUGCAGGGAUUUAUUAGAAUCUACUGGUGCUACUGUGGGAGUCUGCUGACAGUCUGUGCACCAGAACUGGGUAGCAGACUCCCAAGUGUUGACACAAUUGUCACAUUUGUAUCACUCUUGCCUUGAUGAAAGCCAACAGCACUCUGGAGUGCUUUAGUUCCAGGCUAGGCCCUGGUUCCCACACUGUCCUUUAUUGGCAUUUGGAUCCAAGGGCUCAAGCUAAGUGAAUAGAUCACUCUUCCACAGGAUACAAACUUGACCAUCACCUUUAAAUUGGCUGUCCCCCAUCCUGCUCUGGGUAGGACAAGUACACUAGAAGACUGGGUGUUAUCAUGACUGGUAUCACCUGCCACAUGAGACCCCAGGGUGUCCUUUUCUACACCAAAGGGUGCGAAUACACAAGAUGUUGGGUGAUACCCGGGGGCUCCAAGGGGUUUUGAGAUGGUUGCUAGACCUGCCAGCUGGACUCUCAAGCACAGCAGAAGCCAGCCCUAGCUACCAAUUUUCUGUGUUUGUGGCUGUGGUAUUCUCUGUGCUGACCUUUGUUUCCAGGCUGGAGAGCUGCUGACCCCACACAGGACCCUCUUCCAGGAGAGAAUCAGCCAGUUAGGAUCAGGAUGCCCAGGCUCUGGUAGAAGCAGGCCACAUGAUUUCCAGGGUCAUAUCCUGUGAUUUUCUUUUUUCACAAACCCAUUGGCCAAAUUUACUUGCCCUCACCACCUCCACAUCUGCUCUCAGACCUUUGCCUGAGAGAAGCAUGGUGAGGAAGAGGCAAGGCAGGACUUGGGCAGCUGUUAAAACCCAGCCAUCUGUGUGGUCACCUGGCUUGUCUGAGGUGGUGUGUCACUGUCACCCCCAUUUCCUGGGUGACUCACUCACCUCACGGAGCCACCUCUUUCUAGGCCAAAGGCUGGAAGGAGUUGCUUUUAGGGCAUGAAUUACAACUGCAUGGGUAUUGCUUUCUUUCCAGAGGAAAUAAUCAAAGGGAACUAUUUAGCAACAAGAAGAGUAGCGUCCUUGCUUUGGGCUGGUUUCCUAUUUUAAGCACAAAUGCAAGGUCUCUAGACCCAGACUCUUGGGUUUGAAUCUCAGCUGUGCCUCUCAUCACUUGUAUACUUUGGCCAAGUCUCUUCACCUCUCUGAGCUCCGAUCCUCACGUUUGUGACACAGGGCACCUAUGUGUCACAAGACUAUCGCUUACAGUGAGUGCUCUACUCAUGGGACACAGGCAACAGCACUGCUAGAUGAGGAAGCCUGCCACUUGGGCAGUGACUGUGCCUUCCCCAACAGCAGGAGCGUCAGGGAACCAUCAGACAAGUCUAAGCCAAACACACCCUGAGCAGCAAUGGGAGGCAGGGGCUAUGGCUCAGUGAGUGCGUGCUCAGGUCACGCCCUGCUGCUUCCCUGGGCAGUCAGUGAAAACAGUUUCCUAACAU